AUGAAAUCAGAUAUCACGGUCACAACGGCGUCCUAUAAGCAACAACGUUCAUAUGAACUAGACACUGAGUGGCCAAUAAUAUGCAGCCCGGUAUCGAUUGGAAUGGAUUCCAUUUUCUAUGAUCAUACAUCGCCACUAAAUAAUUCGUUCGAUAAUAGUACAAACAAGGCAUCGAAUCGUGUUUCAAAGUGCGUUUCACCAACAUUACAAUCCCUUGUUCAUAGUACAACAAACGUUAAUAACAACAACACCCACGGCUCGGAGGGUAUACCGACCGAUCUCAACAGUCCUGAGCUCACUCUUGAUCAUAUAUCCAUACAACAAUUCAUUACAAACGAUACAGUUAACAACCAAAACGAAACUUCCGGCAAUCAUCAUCAUCACCAUCAUCAUCAACAACAACAACAACAACAGCAGCAGCAACCAAUCGACCAGGAAUCAUUAUUCUCUGGAUUAAUACAAACCAAUCAACAACAACAACAACAAAAAAAUCAAGUGAUUACAGGUGGUUUAAACCACCACCACCAACGACAACAACAACAAAAUUCUGUUCAACAACAACAACAACAACAAUCAGUCAACAACACCCAUACCAAUAAUAAUAAUAGUAGUAGUAACAGUAAUAGUAGCAACGGUAGCGGAAAUACGCAUUCCUCAUCCACAUACAAUAAUAAUUCAAAUAAUUCAUACCAGCAGCAGCAGCACACACCAAUGCCUCAACAGCCUUCAAUUGGCACUAAUCGUUAUGGUCUCGAAGCCGGUUCUACAGUCAAACAGGAACCACUCGAUUCCGAAGAUUUCUCAACAAACACUUGUAGUCAGACAAAUACUGUUUUUGUUUCAAGCCCAUUUGCUCCAAAUUAUGGUAAUGAUGCUCGUAUAACCAAUAAUAAUAAUAAUAAUACGAGAUCAGCUGUCGAACCGGGAGAUAAUUCAAAUCCAUCAUCGAUAUCAAGGGCGCAUAUGGCAUUCGGUAUGAAUGCCGCUACAACAACAACAACAAUUUCAUCAUCAUCAUCAACAUCAUCACAUUCAGGACGUAAUAAUAAUAAUAAUCAUAAUCGUAGCAACAAGAAUAAUUCGAAAAAACACGUGGAUAAAGGAUCAGAUGAAUAUAAAAAACGUCGUGAACGUAAUAAUAUAGCCGUAAGAAAAAGUCGUGAAAAGGCCAAAAUACGUAGCCGUGAAACAGAGAAAAAAGUUGCAGAAUUAGCCAGAGAAAAUGAACAGCUACGAAAAAAAGUUGAUUCAUUAUAUAAAGAAUUGAAUGUUCUCAAAAGUUUGCUCACAACUGUCGGUGUACCGCCGGAAAGUGUUGAUUCAGAAAUUGAAAAAGGAUUACAAAUGGAAUCUCAUCAAAUGCAAUCAAAUUUUAAUUCAAUGUAAAAUGUUUAAUUUAUUCUCUUAUUGAUCAAUCAUCAAUCAAUCAAUCACCGAUCAAUCAAUCAAUCAAUUAUUUUCCGAAUGGUGGAGGAAGAUG